AUGUCCAAGCCUCUGUGUGCGAUACUCUUGGUGGCCAUCGGGUCACUGUGUCUGUUGGCCGCAGACGCCAAUGUCGUAGACGCCGGAAACGGAGAUCACCAUUCGUUGGAACUGGACGAGAACAACUGGACGAACGUGCUAACCGACGAGUGGAUGGUGUUGUUUUACGCUCCUUGGUGCCCUGCUUGUAAAUCACUUGAACCAGAAUGGAGAGAAUUUGCAAAAUGGAGUGAAAGUCAUUCAUCCGUUUCAGUUGCAAGCACAGAUAUUACAAUAUCACCAGGACUUACUGGACGUUUUAUUGUUACAACAUUACCUACCAUUUUUCAUGUUAAGAAUGGUGUAUUCAGAUAUUAUAAAAUGGGCCGUGAUAAGGAUUCAAUGGUAUCAUUUAUAAAAGAGCGGAAAUGGGAACAAAUAGAAUCAAUUUCAUCAUGGAAAUCCCCUAAUUCAAUUCAAAUGUCUCUAGUUGCUCAAUUUUUUAAACUCUCACAAAAAGUUAGGAUUUUACAUUCAACUCUGAUGGCUGAGUAUGGACUUCCAACUUGGGGAUCAUACUUGAUAUUCGCAAUAGCAACCAUAUUUAUUGGUGCCAUACUUGGUUUAGUAUUGGUCUGCAUUAUUGAUUUAGUUUAUCCUCCAAGCCACCAUAAAAUGCCAGUUAAAGAUGGAAAAGACGAAAACAGCGAUAGUGGUCAAGAAUCGGACGAUGAUGAUGAACUUGUUAAAGACGAAUUAUUGGAUGAUCAAGCUAGCGAUGAACCAACUGAAAAUGAACCUUUAUUGAGGAAUAGGCGCAAAAUACGUAAAACUGACUGA